GGUAAAUAAAGAUUUGAAAACGAAAUGUAUGGAACCAGCAGAUUAUUUUUGUUGCGAAGAUGUUUUCCAUAUACUCAAAGACUUUUAAAACAAACAGCUAUGACGAUAUCUUCAGAAGGUGCAGGUGUAAAAAGGUUUGUCCAUGUGACAGCAGCAAACUUCAAGAAGCGAAAAACUAAAGAAGAAAAGAAAUCAGCCAAUGUGAUUGAUUAUGGUCCAAAGAAGAAGGACAAAAAAGCUCUUGAUGUAUGGAGAAAUAUAACUGUUCAAGAAUUGGCCGAUCAAAUGAACAAACCAAUUGAGCAUGUGCAGGAGGUGAUGCUUUACGUGAAAAAUGUCACUGAUUUUGAGUCUCAUACGAUCAUUGAAGACAUGAAGGUUCUAAAGGAGAUUGUAGAAAAAUGUGGACAUAAAAUGAGACUAGUUGCGAGCCCUUUUGACGAGAUCCAGGAGCCAGAAGAGAAAGACGUCAAACCACGACCACCGGCGCCUGAAGCAAAUUUGAAGCCGCGUUCUGCUGUCGUCACAGUAAUGGGACAUGUGGAUCAUGGCAAGACUACUUUGCUUGAUACACUGCGUGGCACUGCAGUAGCUGCUGGCGAAGCUGGUGGAAUUACACAACAUAUAGGAGCCUUCACAAUAUCGUUGGACACCGGUGAAGAAGUAACUUUCCUUGACACACCGGGACAUGCGGCAUUCAGUGCGAUGCGUGCUCGUGGUGCUCAUCUAACAGACAUAAUUGUACUAGUUGUUGCUGCUGACGAUGGCGUAAUGGAGCAAACUAAGGAAGUAAUUAAACUCGCUUUGAGUGAAAAUGUUCCUAUUAUUGUUGCAAUUAACAAAAUCGACAAGCCCGAAGCUAAUAUUGAAAAAACUAUCAAGGGAUUGGCGCAGAUGGGAAUUGCAUUGGAAGGCCAUGGAGGAGACACACAGUAUGUGGGCAUAUCAGCUUUGAAAGGCACUAACCUUAAGCAACUUGUGGAAGCGAUUAGCACACAAGCAACACUGAUGAGCCUAAGAGCAGAAUUUACAGGACCAGUAGAGGGAGUUGUUGUUGAAUCAAAAACAGAUGCAAGACGCGGAAAACUUUCAACUGCUAUUGUAACUAGAGGUACUUUGAGAAGAGGCUCUGUGCUUGUAAGUGGUUUAGCACAUGCAAAAGUCCGAUCAAUGUUCGAUCACAAUGGAAAGGUAGUAGAAAGUACACCACCUGGUAAGCCGGUUGAAAUUCUUGGGUGGAGAGAACUUCCAAUUUCCGGGGAUUUGAUAUUAGAAGUAGAUUCGGAGAAAACUGCGCAUGCAAUAUUGAAAUGGCGUCAAAGUAAAUCGUUAGAAGAAAAAAGCUUGAGUGAGCUUGAUGCAAUCCGCAAGAAACAACAAGAACACGAUGAAAAAUAUAGAAAUGCGCGAAAAGAGAGAUUACUUUUAGGAUACAUGAAAGCCCGUACUUUCGGCGUACGUAAUAAAGAAAGUGCUCCUGAAGACCCAACACCACGGGUUUCAGUUAUCAUCAAAGCUGAUGUCCAUGGCAGUCUCGAGACAAUUUUAGAUGUGCUUGAUUCAUAUCACUCUCAUGAAAAGUGUAAAUUAGAUAUUGUUCAUUAUGGCGUGGGUGACGUGUCUGAAGGUGACAUUGAGCUUGCAAAGUUAUUUAAUGCCAUAAUCUACGCUUUUUCAGUUAAACUUCCGAAAUCAACGACAAAAUCUGUUGCAAUCAAAGAGGUUAAUAUUAUAUACCGGCUAGUAGAUGACUUGAAACAAGCAAUAAAUGAGAAGCUUCCACCCUUACCUGAGGAAAAAAUUGUGGGUGAAGCAAACGUUCUUCAACUUUUCAAGGUUACAGACAAUAAAAAAGAAGUUACUGUAUUGGGCUGUCGUUGCACAAAAGGCGUUCUGAAAAAGAACUUGAAAUACAAAGUAAUACGAGAAAGUGAAGUCGUUUACGAAGGAGAACUUUCUUCUAUGAGACAUUUGAAAAACGAAGUAGACAGCAUUAAAAAGGAUGUAGAAUGUGGCUUAUGUUUUAAGGAUUUUAACUUUGAGAUAAUGGUAGGCGACACUAUCAUUUGUUAUGAAGUAUUGAUGAAACCACAAAUUAGUGACUGGGAUCCUGGAUUCUAAAAAAAAAAAAUAGUUAACAAAUUAGAAAAUUUUUCAUAAAAUAUGUAAAAAUUAUAGCAUUCAACAAACACUAGACUUGUUUCUAACCGGUACAUUAUGUUUUAUUUGAUAAAUUUUGGCGUACGACCUUGGUGAUAAAAAAUAACCGCAAAAGAACAUACAUAUGUACAUCAAAAAGAAGAAAUUUAAACAAAAAAUUAUGAAUGAAUAAAUUUUGUAUCGCGUUAUUACUACAAAUAAUGUGUACCUAUAAGAAUGUUAUAUAACAGAUUCCCUUCUGUUCGGUAAGGCUAAAGAAAUAAUUUACCACAACGUUAUUUACUGCCUACACUCGUAAUGUGUUACUUGACUCAUAAAAAGAUGAACGAGAAAAUAAAUAGGUCUUGUAAUUUUUUUCGCUAAAGACUUGAGAGAAUUUAUUUACGUUGUUUCACAUUUCAUUCAGAAUCAUGUGUUCAGUUCAAUAUUGUAUAAUUUUUAUGAAUGUUUGUUGAUAAGAAAUAAUUUUUAUCUUGAAGGGUUUCCGUUUUCGGAUGAAAAUGUGCUUAUUAGUUUUAACUAACAUAUAAAUAACUAUAUGUUAUAAAUAAAUAUAUAGUAUAUAUUUAUAAUUUGAGUAACAAUAACUUAUUCCAUCAAAGUUGACA